UUGCUCCCGAGUAUCAAAUGUCAGCUGCAAAAGAAAACAAAAUUGUCAUCUGCUUAUUUGGAAAAUAUACUAGCCAUAUAAUGAUUUAUUUAAACAUUGUGAUGGUAUUACUCGCAAUAUAAUACUUUGAUCUGAACGACAAAAUGUCAAAGAAACAGCCACCAAGGCCAUCGAGCACUGGGAGUGCUGGUACAGGCAGAAGAGGUAGAGGUGGCAAGAUGCCUGACUGGGGUGUGAGACCCACUGUUGGUCCAAGGCCAGAGGAAGAUGCAUGUAUAAGUGAAGAAGUUAAGAUUGGAAUCAAUCUAGCAAUUGAAAGAUUCCGCAUGAAUGAAGAACAAAAAGAAUUAGAAUUUCCAUCAUCAUUGACAGCUACUGAAAGGGCAUAUGUUCAUAGAUUUGCUGAUCAACUUGGCUUGACUCACAAAAGUAGAGGUAAAAAUGCAUCUCGUUUCUUGGUGCUGUCAAAGAAGGAAGGAGCGAAGACAGAAGUGAGCAGUGCCACGUUUCAGCUGGUACGCAACUCCAAGUUCCAGAUUGGUUCCCUGCUCCAGCGGUUCCCCGUCACCAGCAAGGAACGGCUCGAACUCCUACCCAACGUGGAUAAAACUCAUGUCAAUGAAGUUUCAAAGGAGCUUGCCCGAACUGCGACAGGUCGUCUCAAUAAUGGUCUUCCACAGGUCCCUCCAGUGCGAGGCAACUCUGAGCUGGCCAGCUUUGCCCGGAGCCUGCCCAUCAACCAGUACCGAGAGCAGAUACUGGAGACUGUCAAACAGAACCAGAUCUGCCUGGUGUCGGGGGAGACAGGCUCUGGGAAAACCACACAGGUUCCCCAGAUGAUCCUGGAUGACUGCCAUGCAAGGGGGCUCCCAUGUCGCCUGUUCUGCACCCAGCCCCGGCGUAUAGCCGCCCUCAGUGUGUCUGAGAGGGUGGCAGCUGAAAGAGGAGAAUCUGUAGGACAGACUGUCGGAUUUCAAAUACGGCUGGAAUCCAGGGUAUCUCCAAAGACGUUGCUCACAUUCUGUACAAAUGGAGUGUUGCUGAGAACUAUGAUGGGGAAUGAGAAUGCCCUUGAUACAGUCACACAUGUCAUUGUGGAUGAAGUCCAUGAACGUGACAAGUUCUGUGAUUUUUUGCUGAUCUCACUGCGAGACAUCGCGAGGAGGAACCCGAAUCUAAAACUGAUCCUCAUGAGCGCCACGCUCAACACGAAACUUUUCAUCAAGUACUUCAAUAACUGUCCUGUCGUUGCAGUGCCAGGCAAUCUUUUCCCAGUGGAUGAAUAUUUCCUUGAGGACAUUCUUUCAUGGACCCAGUACACCAACCGGAAGAUGGAGAGAUACAAGGCAGAGAGAAAAUCCAAGACUGAGCGAGAUGCACGUCUGUCAGACUGGGUGGACCCACGGGUGGUGACGGGGCGACGAAGAAAACACCACCUGGAAGACCUUGAAGAUGAGGAGGAAGAGAACAAGGAGCCUGAUGACAGGAACAAGAUUAUAGAGCAGCUGUCGAUGCUUGGUAUAGCUGAGAAGGAUGAGGAGGAGUUGGACUCUGUAAUCAAGGCCGAGAUGGACCAAUGUAUGUCCGAGAUCUGGCUCAGCGGCAGUGAUGAGCACUUCUCCCAACUCUUCUACUUCAUCUCAUCUGAGAAUGUCAGCGUUGACUAUCAGCACUCUGACACAACUGUGACGCCCCUGAUGAUAGCUGCAGGCCGUGGAUUUGUACCAAUUGUACAACAACUGCUAGCCUUGGAGGCAGAUCCAGGGAUCCGCUCUAGUAAUGGUUGGACGGCCCUGGACUGGGCCAAGAAGUUUAAUCAGGAGGAGAUCAUUGCUGUCCUCGAGGAACACAUGUUGACCAGCAGUGCGGGCUCUCAGAAGGAUACAGAGAUGGAGGAAGACUUGUCUGGUGAGACUGAGGAAAAACGGGAACAAAGGGAACUGCUCACAGUCUACCAGCACUGCUGGGAUGAUGACAAGGUGGACAUAGACCUUAUAGCUGAGCUACUCUUCCUCAUUGUCAACACUAAACCUGAAGGUGCAGUGUUGAUAUUCCUGUCUGGUUACGAUGAAAUUGUCAACAUGAGAAGUAGGAUUGAAGAUGAUAAUACCUUCUCAAAUAUCAGAUACACCUUGUAUUGCCUGCACUCGGCUAUGCAGACUGCUGACCAGAGGAAAGUGUUCAGACCUUCACCACCAGGCAUAAGGAAGAUUAUUCUUGCCACAAACAUAGCAGAGACCAGUAUCACGAUAAAUGAUGUUGUCUAUGUCAUAAAUUCUGGGAAAGUGAAAGAGAAAACAUUUGAUGCUCUUCUCCAAGUGACAAUGUUGAAGAGUAACUGGAUCUCAAAAGCCAGCUCUUCGCAGAGGAAAGGCAGGGCUGGUCGAUGUCAGCCGGGAGUGUGUUACAACCUGUUCAGCAGGAGGAGACAUCAACACAUGAUGGAGUUUGCCACUGCUGAACUCAUCAGAUGCCCACUCCAGGAGUUGUGUCUGCAGACAAAGCUGCUGGCCCCAGUGAAUGAGAACAUAGAAGACUUCCUGGCCAAGGCUCCGGAACCCCCGCCCUACCUGGUCACCCGCUCAGCACUCAAUAUACUCAAGCAAAUGGAUGCCCUGGACCCAAACGAGGAGCUGACCGAGCUGGGGCGCCACCUGGCUGACCUCCCUGUGGAGCCGCACCUCGGCAAGAUGGUCCUGUACUCAAUCGUUCUCAAGUGUCUAGACCCCAUUCUCACCAUUGUGUGUGCCCUUUCUUAUAAAGACCCUUUCUUGUUACCAGCAUGGGCCUCACAAAAGAGGGAAGUUCAUAUCAUCAGGCGGGAUUAUGCUGCCAACUCAUUCAGUGAUCACAUGGCUCUACUCCGAGUCUUCCAGGCUUGGCAGAAGGCUCGCACUGAUGGAUGGGAGAGAAAUUUCUGUACCCGUAACUAUGUGUCCCCGGCUGUCAUGGAGAUGAUUGUUGGCAUGAGAUCCCAGCUGUUAGGCCAGCUUCGGGCUUCAGGUUUUGUGCGGGCUCGAGGGGGAGGUGACAUCAGGGACCUGAACACAAACUCUGAGAACUGGGCAGUGGUCAAGGCUGCCCUGUGUGCUGGAGCAUACCCCAACAUUGUGCGAAGGGACAAGUACACACAGAAACUCACUGGACAGUCGUCAGAGAAGAUAGGUGUACACAAGUCUUCAGUGUUGCCGGACAAAGUCGGCAGCCUGCCAUCAGACUGGGUGUUUUACGAGGAGAUGACCAGGUCAGGUGUGACCCCGGCCUUCAAAAGCCUGGCAUGUAUUCGUACCUGUACGGUCGUGUCUCCCAUCACCGUGGCCCUGUUCUCAGGGCCGGCCAAACUUCCUGCCGAUGCCAUCAAAGAAACAAUACAGGAUGAGGGCAUGGUGGGACUAGGGGAGCCGAGUGACAGCGAGAAUGAAGACCCAGAGGAAAACAAGGCCUGUCUCCUACAGCUCUCUGACUGGCUAGCAUUCAGGAUAGAUGCUGAGUCUGCAUGUCUGGGUAUCCAGCUGAGACAGAAAUGGCACUGUUUGUUCCUGAAAAGAAUGGGAGCUCCAUCCAAACCUCUCACUCAAGCUGAUGAGGCGGUGGUAUCUGCAGUGGUGAAUGUGUUGACCAAUGAGGAGCAGGCCCUGGGACUUCAACAGCCUGCCGGUAUUGGCCAGAGGCCCAGACCCAUGUCUGCAGAGAGUAUCCUGACUGGCAGUUGUCGUGGUGAUGGUAUGUCACAUGACCCCUCGAUGGACAGUGUGCGCCACAGGUUCUCCACGUCUGCCAAGAAGGCAACCAGCACACCGCCAAAGAGGAAAGAUUUUAUGUCUCCUAAGCUAAUCCACUCUGGAGCGAGUUCAAACCAUAGUAGCCCAUCCAGCAGUGGUCACCAUGGUAGCAUGGCCAGUUCCCCAUACACAAGUCCCCAGCUGGGCCCAGGCAGUGGUCAGCCGCGAUACUUCAUCAUGAAGUGUUCCAAUCAGAGAAAUAUUGACAUCUCUGUCAGCAAAGGAGCCUGGGCAACAUCAAGGGCUAAUGAGAAGAAACUGAAUAAAGCUUUUCAGGAUGGGAACAUAGUGUACCUGAUCUUCUCCAUCCAGAGUAGCGGACAUUUCCAGGGCUAUGCCAAAAUGUCUUCCAUCAUUGGCACAGAGAAAUCCUAUGACUACAAUGGACCAGGGGGUGUCUUUUCAGUCGACUGGGUAAAAAGGGGAAACCUACCAUUCCAGAUGACCCACCACCUGAGCAACCCCUGGAACGAGAGCAAGCGAGUACAAGUCAGCAGGGAUGGACAGGAAGUUGAGCCAUCAGUGGGACAUGCCCUCAUUCAGCUAUGGGAUAGCUAUCCUGACAACAAUGGUGACAACACACAUGAGGACCCUGCAUACACUACACAUAGGGAGUCUACACAACAGGGUUUUGACAGGUGUCAACUUUACACAGACAUUACAGAAGAGCCAUCAGGCUACAUGGGUCAAUAUCAGAACUGGGGUGGUUAUCAGCCCCGUGGGCGACGCCCAGCCCGGGGCCAGGGCCACAUUGUUGCCUACCAGGGCCACAGGGGAGGAUAUGCCGGGUACCAGGGGCAGCAGGGGCAGGUGGUAUAUGGGAACCAGUACCAGCAAUUUGGCUACUACCCACACAGGAAGUAGGAAAACACAGAAAGCCCUACCAAAUGGCUGUUGCUUGUGCAGAAAAAGAGGGAGUUUAACAGUAGCGCUUCCACUUACAAGAUCAUGGGAAUAUAUUUUGAAAUAUUGCUCCUACCAUCACAGGAAAGAGGAAUGGACAAAUGUGGAAGGAAAAUUGGAUAAAUGUUUUGAAAACUGCAUUCCUGCAGUGGACUUAUUAGACGUCUUCAAGAAGAUUGUCCAUGACAGUGAUAUUUUAAGUCAGGUUUUACAUAUUCAUCUUGACCAUAUUUACAAUGUGUUCAAAUCAUGUAUCACCUUCCAGCAUUAUCAUUUUUCAUCAUUAUUUUGGAAAACUGAAAUCUAAAAAGAUCAAGGAAAAAACUUGAUGCAAGUAAAAAGAGGAAGAAAGACUUUUAAAUAAUCUGCUCCGUCCAUUAAGUAGGGGAGAGACCUACAAAGGAUUUCCCUAGAAAUUGAUCUGUAGUUUAUAUUAUUAGCUCACCUGAGCACGUAGUACUCAAGGUGAGCUAUUUUGAUCGAUUGAUGUCCGGUGUCCUUGUCCAUUGUCCAUCAUCUAGCAUCAACAUUUUAAAACCUUAAACAUCAUCUUCACUAAAAUUCCCAUCAGCCAGACAAUAUGGUAUGCAGCCUCGGGUAGUGGUCCUUGACCAAUAUUUUUCAAACUAUGACCAUGAGAUGAAAAGUGGCCCACUAUUGUGGUCCAAGGUUUCCUAUACACUGAUACAGAAUUUUUUUUGAAAAUCUUCUUUGAAACUGCAAGGCUAAGGCUUGAUAAUUGGUAUGUAGCCUCAUGUAGUGGCCGUUUACCAACAUUCUUUAUAACCAGUGACUAGUUGGUCAUUUGGAAUCAGGUGAGCGAAUUAGCGCCAUUUUGGCCCUCUUGUUUAUUAAGUGGCUUAUUUGAAGCAUGUCCACUUUGUUUGGUGUACUGUUUGUAACAGACUGAAUUAAAAUUGAAUGAAAUAGUUCUUUUUUAGUUGAAACAUGCAUAGAUGAAGUAAGUUUAAAUGGUUCAAUUUCUCAAAUCUUUGAUUUUCUUUUAAUUUGUAGCUAAUAGGUUUUUUUUGAGAAAUAAUUCCCGGUAUUGUUGACCUUGGUGUUGGUGUUCAAAUUAUUCCUGGGAAACUUGACACACAUGUUUCCAAUAACACUAUCCAUACAUGUUUGUGAAGCAAGACCCAUCUAACUAAAAUUAUUAUUGGUUUGUGCCCCUUGGUAGACUCAGAGAAAAACAGACGAUACUUUUAUCCCCUUAAUAUACUCUUGUUAUGUCUUUGACAUUAUUGUGAAUUGAAUUCUGGACUAUUUUAACUCUAUCAUAUUUAUUAGUGUUGUUACUGAAUGAAAUUUUUAUGAAGCAAUUAAAUUUUCAAAUGUU